GUAAGGACCAUUUAUGCCCUUUAUUCCUUCCCUUUCUAACCAAUACUCAAUUGCUAACUUCGUCUCAGCACCAACAUAGUCUUCCGUAGAAGUCCAGCAUCUGACUGAUUAUUUUGCUUUCUCUGAAGCCUACCUUUCAACUAAAUCCAUCAUUCCAUUUGGCUUCCUUCACACUCCAUUUUCGACGAGAACCAGUAGAUCAGCUGUUGACAAAUUGCUUUGACGACUUGGAGAGAGCCUCGUUGUUCGAUUUCGGAUAAACUGAUUCUCGAUUCCAGCCAGCUAAACCCUUUCAUUCUUUGGCAUUCCAUUUUAAUUUUCCAUGCUCUGAAAGAUAGUAAGUAGUGCCUUAUUUUUGUGUGUGUGUGGAUGAUGAAUUCUGAUUCAAUCUCCCUCCUACCAAUACCAUCGAGCAACAAGCCUAUGGCUAUACCAACAAAGGAGGACGAAGACCCACCGAUUUCCACCACUUCAUUUCUUUCUUUUGACAAAGUUGACUGUUCCCUAUCAUCCACUCCGCCAAAACCCCCUUUGACUACCCUACUUUUCACAGCUCUAAUUCUCGUGACUUGUGUAGCUCUCUCUGCAGCUAUUGGCUUUGGUUUCCUCUUCUUUUCCUCCUCUUCACAUCCCAUUUCUUAUGGUGUAUCACGGCCACUCAAAAAACUCAAACAUCCAGUUGUUCUCUUGAUUUCAUCGGAUGGGUUUCGCUUUGGAUAUCAGUACAAGACAGAUGCCCCAAAUAUCAAUAGAUUGAUUAGGAAUGGGACAGAAGCCGAACUGGGCCUGAUUCCUGUAUUCCCAACUUUGACUUUUCCUAAUCAUUAUGCCAUUGUUACUGGUUUGUACCCUGCUUAUCAUGGUAUUAUAAAUAACUUUUUUCUUGAUCCCAAAACUGGAGAGGCUUUCACUAUGGCGAGUCAUGAUCCUAAGUGGUGGCUCGGUGAGCCACUUUGGGAGACUGUCGUCAAUCAUGGUCUUAAGGCUGCUACUUAUUUCUGGCCUGGAUCUGAGGUAAAUAAAGGAAGCUGGACUUGUCCACAAUCUCUCUGUCAGAGGUAUAAUGGUUCUGUCCCCUUUGAAGAACGAGUUCAUACUGUUUUGAAAUACUUUGAUUUGCCAAAUGAUGAAAUUCCAUCGUUUAUGACACUUUAUUUUGAAGACCCCGAUCAUCAGGGUCACAAGGUUGGGCCAGAUGAUCCUCAAAUCACUGAAGCUGUUGCAAGAGUUGAUGGGAUGAUUGGGAAGUUAAUCCAAGGUUUAGAAGAAAGAGGGGUUUUUGAGGAUGUAAACCUUAUAAUGGUUGGCGAUCAUGGUAUGGUUGGUACUUGCGAUAAAAAGUUAAUCUAUUUGGAGGAUUUGGCUCCGUGGAUUGAAAUUCCAGAGGAUUGGAUACAGUCAUAUAGUCCAUUGCUUUCCAUUCGUCCGCCACCAGGUCACUUUGCCAAGGAUGUCGUUACCAAGAUGAAUGAGGGCUUAAAGUCAGGGAAGGUUCAGAAUGGGCAGUAUUUGAAAGUCUAUCUAAAGGAGGAGCUGCCUGAUCGGCUGCAUUAUUCUGCGAGUGAUCGAAUACCACCCAUCAUUGGGUUGAUUGAUGAAGCAUUUAAGGUCGAACAGAAGACCUCAAAAAGGAAAGAAUGUGGUGGAUCUCAUGGUUAUGACAAUGCAUUCUUCUCAAUGAGGACCAUUUUCACUGCCCAUGGUCCUAAGUUUGCUAGGGGCCGCAAAGUCCCAUCUUUUGAGAAUGUUCAGAUUUACAACCUGGUUACCACAAUCCUUAAUAUACAAGGAGCAUCCAAUAAUGGGACAACAUCAUUUCCAAAGACAAUUCUUUUACCCAGCCACUGAGAUUUGGCUAAUUAGGAAAGUAUUCUUUAUGCCCAGAAGUGUGAGAACAUCAUGUGAUUUUUGUAUUAUUCUCUUCAAUUAGAAAAUAUUGUUAAGUUGAUAUAAGGUGAUGAACUAGUGCUGAAGGUUAUGCACCUGUGUACCUUGUGGCAUCACUUCACUUCUGUUGUCUUUUGUAAUCAUAGUCUAUUAGGUGUUGCUACUUUUGUUUUGUAGCUGGCUUAUUUUAAGAUUAGUAAAAUUGUUGCUGUUAUGUAGAUAGAGAAUGAAUUGAUAUAUGAAUAAUUUUCAAUUUAUUUGUUAGCCGUA